AUGGGCGAUACCUCUGGAAAUCAUGAGACCGACUGCAUAGCCAAACUCCAAGCAAUACUGACAGAGAGCAUCGCGGCGGGUGUGCCUGGCCUGUCUGCCGCAAUAGCCACGGCCGACGGACAUUGGAACCUGACCGCCGGUUCAGUUGAUGGAGUGGCACCGGUUGAGCCCUCUCACAUCUUUGGCAUCGGCAGCAUCACCAAAGUGUUCGUGGCUGUUGUGGUUUUCCAGCUCAUAGAGGAAGGCAAGCUGCACCUGUCAGACACGGUCGGCAAGGUGCUGAGUCCUGGUCUAUAUCGCGAUAUUGACAAUGCGGCGAGUGCAACCGUGGAGCUCUUGCUGAGCCAUCAUGCGGGCAUUGACAGUUGGGAAGACGAUCCUGUAUGGAUCAGAGAGGGACGCGGCGACAAGCUUGACCCAGCCCACGCUUGGGGCAAGGCGGAGCCCCUGGAGUACAUUCGUCGACCAAGGAGGACGGCUCCAAAUCCAGGCGAAUACGGUUACGCCAACACAAACUACACGCUGCUUGGAUUGAUAAUUGAAAAGGCCACCGGCAACACCGCCGAAAGAGAGAUGCGACGACGGAUCCUGGGCCCAUUGGGCAUGAAACACACGUUUCUCGAGGGAUUCGAGCCGGGCGCAAACGACGUGAGGGUCGCCCCCCGCCGGUAUCACUGGGCCACGGACAAUUUUCGCGAGGAUGCAGGAGUCCCCCCGGCCUUUACGGAGCAUGGCCAACUGAUAGAUUGCACCGGGUCCAACUUGUCAGUGGAGUGGACGGCGGGCGGCAUGGUGUCGUCUGCCUCAGAUCUUGUCAAGCUCGCAAUCGCUCUUCGCGGCGGAACCCUUCUGCACCCUGCAUCCAUGGCUCUGCUGACUGCGUGGACGCCUAUAACGAAGAAUGAGGAUAUGGGACGUGGCAUCUUCCGGAGGAAAGACGGUGCCAAUGAAGCAUGGAUCGGUCACUUCGGUAGUGUCCUCGGCUUCACGGGUGCGCUGUGGUGGAAGGAAAAAGGAGAUGCGGUUAUUGCAGUUAUCGGCAACGUUGGUACCGUGCACUGUGGUAAAGUGCCGUCGAGUGCUGCUCAUGUUGUUGUUGAUACCGACAUGUUGGAGCUUGUAACGAAAUUAUCGGUCGUGUGUAACGAGCGAUUAGGCGCCAGGCGCAUCUAA